AUUGUGUGAACACGUACCUACGUUAAAAUGAAUAAUAAUAAAAGAAAAAGAUUGAACUUAGAAGAAAAAUUAAAUAUUAUUAAAACCAAGGAAACAGAAAAUCUAAGUGUUCGUGUUUUAGCAGAACGAUUUUGCAUAAGCAAGUCACAGGUAAAUUUAAAUAUUUAAUUUAAACACAUACAUAUUUUGUUUUAAUUUAUCUAAAAAUCAUUUAAUGAAAAAUACAGGUGAAUAACAUUUUACAAGAUGCGUGUAAUUUGAAAAAAUAUUACGCUGAGAACGGCAAUGAAGAUAUGAGGAGAAAAUUUUCGAAGACAUCGGAUGGAGCACUUGUAGAUAAAGUUACAUUUGAAUGGUUCUGUAGAGCCCGUUCAUAUAAUUUACCUGUUUCUGGACCAUUGCUCCAAGAGAAAGCACGAGAAGUUGCAAAUGAGGUAGGUCUAGAAAACUUUAAAGCUUCAAAUGGUUGGCUUCAAAAAUUCCGAGAACGUCAUAACAUUUCUUUUAAAAAUAUAUGUGGUGAAGGUAACUCUGUUGAUACAAGUGUCGUAGAAAAGUGGUUAGAAAAAUUGAAAACAUUAAUUUCAGAUUAUGAACCAAAAAAUAUAUUCAAUUGUGAUGAAACAGGUUUAUUUUUUCGAGCACUUCCUGAUAAAACAUUGUGUUUAAAAAACGAAAUUUGUCGUGGAGGUAAAAUAGCUAAAGAUCGAUUAACUGUUUUACUAUGUGUAAAUAUGAUCGGGGAAUUUGAAACUCCGUUAAUAAUUGGAAAAUCACUAAAACCACGUUGUUUCAAAAGUGUAAAUGUAUCAACGUUAGGUGUUAAUUGGAAAUCUAACCGUAAGGCAUGGAUGAAUCGAGAUUUAAUGACAGAUUAGCUAAUGUGUUUUAACAGAAAAAUGGAGAUGGAAAAUAGAAAAAUUAUUUUAUUUCUAGAUAACGCUAGUUCACAUCCUGAUACAUUAAACUUAAAAAAUAUAAAACUAAUAUUCCUACCUCCAAAUACGACUUCGAUUUGCCAACCACUAGAUCAAGGAAUUAUUAAAAAUUUUAAAGUUCAUUAUCGCCAACGAUUACUUCGUCAUAUUUUAUCUAGAGUUGAUCAGAAUGUAGAAAACAAAUCUAUAAACGUUUUAGAUGCAAUUUUUUGGAUAAAGUCCGCAUUAAAAAAUAUAAAACCAGAGACAGUCAAAAAUUGUUUUAAAAAGUCGGGAUUUUUUUCGUUCGAUACAGCAGAAUAUGUAAUGGAAAAUGACAAUGUUGCAAAUUUGGACUUAUUCUCAGAACUUGUACCGAGUACUAUCGAAAUUGAGGACUAUGUUUCUAUAGAUAAUAAUAUCCUUACAGAAGACAAUACAUUAAUCAUAUCAGAUAUAAUCAAUUGUAAUCUAGACAAUUUUAGUGAAAAAGAAAACGAACAACUCGAAGAACAAGAAGAAGAAGAUGAAGACGAUUCGAUAUACAAUCCAACGUUUGAAGAAGUUUGGAAAACAAUAAAUAAUUUAAAAACAUAUUUUAAAAAUAAAGAAGAUGAAAUCGCAUUAUCAAUGGUAGCCAAUUUACAAAUUCAUUUUGAAGAGCAAAAAAAAUUUACACAAAAAAAAAUUACAGAUUUUUUUAAUUUUACAUAAUCAUUAAACAUUUUUAUAAGCAUUUUUAUACUACAUAAUUUUUUAAUACAUACAUACAUACAUUAAAUAUACAUACAUCUACAUACA